AUGGCCAUAGUGCAGACCCGGCCCGUCUCCAUCGAGCCCGCUUCUGAGGCGGCCACCCAGCUCCGCGCCGGCGCCCGCUCGCCCGCCUCUGCCCGUGGCGCCAUGGGGAGCGUUAGCAGCCUCAUCUCUGGCCGCCCCUGCCACGAGCGGCCGUGCAAGGCCGCGCCCGGCCCCUUCCGCCAGCAGUACGGGCUGCUCCAGGGGCUGCCCCCCGCCAAGCCCUGCUCCGGCCCGGCGCCCGGGGGCGGUGCCUACGCCAGCGAGGACUUCUGGGCCGAGGCUGUGUCCCCCGUCAGCCCCUGCAGUGACGCCGAGGAGCCGCGGGACGAUCGGGCUCGGAGCGGCAACAUCCAGGGGCCGCCGCCGAGGCUGGUCCCUGUCUCCGGGCAGCUGGAGAAGAACGUCGAGAAGACCCUGAUCCGCCCGACGGCUUUCAAGCCGGUCGUGCCCAAGGGCAGGAACUCUUCGCUGCCGGGGUACGUGGUGCCGCGGCCUGGGGCGUCGUCGGUCCCCGAGAGCCAGGCCAGCCUCGCCCACCUCCUGGGCGGCACUGCCGCGGCCAGCGCCGAGAAGCACCACUCCCUGAGCUGCCGCCACAGCGCCCACUCGGGCACCCUGUCGGACUCGGGGCGCAAUUCCCUCUCCAGCCUGCCCACCUACAGCACGGGCUGCAGCCAGCCGCCGGAGCCGGGCAGCAUCUCCAUGGGCCACCUCAGCCUGGACAGUCACGGCGGCUACCCGGAGCGGGGCUCCCGGGGCCUGGCCGGCCCCUCCAACUCGGACAGCGGGCGCUCCUCCUCCAGCAAGAGCACGGGCUCCCUCAGCGGGCGGGGCCCCCCCUCGUCCGACGGCGGCUCCUGCGCCCGCUCGCCCGUCGAGGGCGACGAGGCUCUGCUUGUCCGUGAGCUGGAGGAGAAGCUGCGGGAGCGGGAGGCGGAGCUGCAGCACCUGCGCCAGAGCCUGGACGAGAACGAGGUGGCCAUCUGCCAGGUGUACGAGGAGAAGCAGAAGCGCUGUGAGCAGGAGAUGGAGGAGCUGCGGCAGGGCUACGCCUCCCAGGUCAAGCAGGCGGCGCAGAAGGCCCAGCGCACGCAGCAGGUGCUGCAGCUGCAGAUCUUCCAGCUGCAGCAGGAGAAGAAGAAGCUGCAGGAGGACUUUGCCCAGCUGCUGCAGGAGCGCGAGCAGCUGGAGAAGAGGUGCGCCUCCUUCGAGCGCGAGCAGACCGAGCUGGGGCCGCGGCUGGAGGAGACCAAGUGGGAGGUGUGCCAGAAGUUGGGCGAGAUCUCCCUGCUGAAGCAGCAGCUGAAGGAGUCGCAGGCGGAGCUGGCGCAGCGGGGCACCGAGAUGCUGCUGCUGCGGGCCCAGCUGCGGGAGGCGCGGGCGGAGCGGCAGGCGGGCGAGGAGCAGGCGCUGGGGCUGCAGGAGGCGGCGCGCACCCGGGCGCUGGAGCUGGAGGUGUGCGAGAAAGAGCUGCAGCGCCGGAAGAGCGAGGCCGAGCUGCUGCGGGAGAAGCUGGGCCGGCUGGAGCAGGAGGUGGCGGGGCUGCGGGGGACGCGGCGCCAGCCCCGCUGCCCGGAGCCACCCGAGCCCAGCCUGCUGUGGGCCAGCGACGAGGCCAAGGCCCAGCGGCAGGCGGCCGAGACGCUGCAGGGCCUGCGGGCCGAGCUGCUUCAGGAGCGCCGGCGCGGCCAGGAGCAGCGGGCCGCCUUUGAGGCCGAGCGGCUCACCUGGCAGGGCGAGAAGGACCAGGUGAUCGGCUACCAGAAGCAGCUGCAGCACAACUACAUCCAGAUGUACCGGCGCAACCGGGAGCUGGAGCACCACCUGCACCAGCUCAGCCUGGAGCUGCAGGCCCAGCGGCUGGACGAGUGUGGCCUGCACGGGGCUGAGAUCUGCUUCGAAGAGAUCACCGCCACCGAGAUCUGA